AUGUCCUACUACGGAGAAUCAGGCGGCUACUACGGCAGCGAAGGACGCCCCCCAUACAACCCCAACCCGGGCUACGACCGCCCUCCAUACGAGCGCCCUCCAUACGAACGACCCCCUUACGAAGAACACCGCGGCUCGCCAUACCAAAGACCACCAUACGAAGAACACCGCGGCUCUCCCUACGAGCGCCCGCCCUACGAAGGCGAGCGCAGCGGCUCCUACGACAGCCGUCCUCACUACUCCAGCGCCCCCCCCUCUGCUCGCCCACCGCAAUACCCCCCACCCCCUCUCCCCUACGGCUGGAUCCAGGAAUGGGAGCCUAGCGCCCGCCGCGCAUUUUUCGUGGAGACCGCUACUGGCCGGUCUGAGUGGUCGCUCCCCGCUGAUGCUUCGUAUGGUGAGCAGUCGCGUGGUGGUGGUGAGCCCUAUCCUCCUCCUGUGCCGGCGGCGUAUCCGCCCCAUGAGGGUGGAUAUCCGCCUCAGUACCCGCCUCAGUAUCCCCCCCAGGAGGGGUAUGGCGGUGAAUACCCCGAGGAGAAGAAGAAGGAGAAGAGCGAUAAAGGGAAGUACCUUGCUGCGGGCGCGGCUGGGUUGGCGAUUGGUGCCGUUGGAGGGGCGAUUUUGGGUCAUGAGCUUACUGAAAACAGUGAUGGCUCUGGCUCUGACCAUGAAGAGGAGGCACAUUACUCCGACGAUGGGUCUGACUAG